AUCCUAUCCUCCAAAUUUGUUCUUUGUGAAGUAGGUCCCUCUCGUCCAUCCUCCUCAUCACCGCCGACAAACCAGCCAACCGACACAAUGGCCCGCGGAAUCAAGAAGCACCAGAAGCGCCUCAGCGCCCCCUCGCACUGGCUGCUUGACAAGCUGUCCGGCACCUACGCUCCCAAGCCUUCUGCCGGUCCUCACAAGCUCCGCGACUGCAUGCCCCUGAUCGUCUUCAUCCGAAACCGACUCAAGUAUGCUCUCAACUACCGCGAGGUCAAGGCCAUCCUGAUGCAGCGACUUGUCAAGGUCGACGGCAAGGUCCGCACCGAUUCCACCUUCCCCUCCGGCUUCAUGGACGUCAUCACCAUUGAGAAGACUGGCGAGAACUUCCGUCUCGUCUACGAUACCAAGGGUCGAUUCACCGUCCACCGAAUCCAGAACGAGGAGGCCGAGUACAAGCUGGGCAAGGUCAAGCGUGUCCAGCUUGGUCGCGGUGGAAUCCCAUUCUUGGUCACGCACGAUGCACGAACCAUCCGAUACCCCGACCCUCUGAUCAAGGUCAACGACACUGUCAAGAUUGACCUCGCCACUGGCAAGAUCACCGACUUCAUCAAGUUCGACACCGGCGCCGUCGUCAUGGUCACUGGUGGUCGCAACAUGGGUCGUGUUGGUGUCAUCACCCACCGUGAGCGUCACGAUGGUGGUUUCAACAUCGUCCACGUCAAGGAUGCCAUUGACAACAGCUUCGCCACCCGUGAGAGCAACGUUUUCAUCAUUGGCCAGGACAAGCCCUGGAUCUCUCUGCCCAAGGGCAAGGGUGUCAAGCUCACCAUCGCUGAGGAGCGUGACCGCCGACGCGCUUACGCCAUCUCUCACUAAAUUGUGGAUUUGCGAUAGGAAUGGUAAAAAAUGGCAUGUGGUCUGGAGUCCGGAUUUGACGUUUACUUUGCGGGUUUAACUACCUAACCUGGAGAUAGCCAGCCCCAAUGAGGCUAUGAUAAAAGAUAAAUUUAAGCCCAACACGAAGUGUCGAUUCCGUACAGAU